GUCAAUAUCUUGACUGGUCUCAGAUGGGAAAGUGCUGCAUCUUCCUGCCUUCAGGGAUGAAUGGUGUUUGAGUCAUCAGUGCUUUGAGGCUGGUUCUUUCUGUGUUCCUCUAGUGGUCCCUGCUGAGUCUUUUCAAGGCUCUGUUUCCAUCAAGCUGGCACCAAGAUUCUUCACAACAUAACUGUGUCUGGCAGCUAAUUGCAUAGCGUGAGUGGAGAACCUAGGACCAAGCCAUGAGUAUGCUGUUACUCACAUGACUCUCCAUUAUUCUCCUUUUCUCAACUGUACCUCUGGUAUCACAUAUGUGUUUCCAAGGGCAAAACCAUAACCAAGCAACUUAGUGACGUCAUGAAUGAAUACGUGGAUUUGGUGUCAUUUGAGGAUGUCACUGUGAACUUCACCUGGGAGGAGUGGCAGAAUCUCGAUGAUGCUCAGAGGGUGCUGUACAGGAAUGUGAUGUUAGAGACGUACAGCAGCCUGGUGUCACUGGGAUUAUGCAUCCCUAAACCUGAGUUGAUCUUCAAAUUGGAACAAGGAGCAGAGCCAUGGACGGCAGAAGAGUCUGUAAACCAGAGUCUGCCAGGCUUCUACAAUGUGGAUGGCACAAUUGAGACCAACCAGAAAUGUCAAGACAGACAUUUAUGGAAAGUUACUGCUAAUAGUCACUAUCGAGCAACCGAGGAAACAGAUGGAUUAGGAAACAAUUUUUAUUUGUGUUCCAUGAAAAUUUCAAAUUUUGUUGUAAAUAAUAGAGACUGUUCAGGAGUGAAGCCCGAGGAGCUAAGUGAAUGUCAGAGUUCAUGUCUUCCUUCUGAGCCUCAUGGGAUGUACACUUCAGAGCAACAUAAUGACUGUUGUGGGGCAGGGAAAUCCCUCAAGUGUCCUCAGCAAUUUGGUCAACAUUCCCAGAUUCAAACUGGGCAGCAGGAUUUUGAAUACAGUGGAAAAGGAAAAGAUACAAAGGGGGCAAAACUAUUAAAAAAAAUUAUUUCAUCUAAGAGACUUCAAAUGGGAUUGACUCUGUGUGCGCAUAAUGAGUAUGAACAAGUCUCUGUUAAGUCAGAUGUCAAGGUUAAGGUAGAGAAGACAACUUUUGAUAAAGCAUGUAACCUCACAGAACACCAAGAAACGUACUCAGGGAGCAGAUUUUAUAAAUGCCUUGAAAGUAAGAAAACCUUUACUAGCAAAUUAGAUCUUACAGUUCACCAGAGGACACAUAACCAGAACAAAGCCCAUGUGUGUAUCCAGUGUGAGAAACUCUUUAGCACAAAAUCUUCUCUUACUAUUCAUCAGAGAAUUCACACAGGAGAAAAGCCCUAUGGAUGCAGUGAAUGUAAUAAAACCUUCAGGCAAAAAUCAGCCCUCAUUGUACAUGAGAGAACUCACACUGGUGAGAAGCCCUUUGAGUGUCAUGAGUGUGGUAAAGCCUUCCAGCAUAAGUGGUAUCUCAAGAUGCAUCAGAGAACUCACACUGGUGAGAAGCCAUACCAAUGUAAAGAAUGUGGAAGGGCCUUUCUAAAGAAGUCGUACCUCAAAAUGCAUCAGGGAACUCACAAGAGUGAGAAACCAUAUGAAUGCAAAGAAUGUGGGAAGACCUUCCAUAACAGGUCAUACUUCAACCUGCACCAUCGAACUCACACUGGUGAGAAACCCUAUGCAUGCAACGAGUGUGGAAAAGCCUUUUACCAGAAGUCAGACCUCAGGAGGCAUCAGAGAACCCACAACAGUGACAGAUUACACGAAUGUAAAGAGUGUGGGAAAGCCUUUCAAAACAAGUCCUACCUCAAAACUCAUCAGAAAGUUCACACAGGUGAGAAGCCAUAUGAAUGUAAAGAGUGUGGGAAAGCCUUUCAAAACAAGUCCUACCUCAGCAAGCAUCAGAUAAUUCAUACAGGUGAGAAACCCUAUGAAUGCGAUAAGUGUGGGAAAACGUUUCAGUGGAAGUUAGUCCUCAGUAAGCAUUCUAGAAUUCACACAGGUGAAAAGCCCUAUGAAUGCAUCCAGUGUGGGAAAGUGUUUGGCUACAGGUCAUCCCUCAUUGUGCACGAGCUGAUCCAUUCUGGGGAGAAACCCUAUGAAUGUAACAUAUGUAGAAAAACAUUUUCACAGAAAUCAAACCUAAUGAGGCACCAGGGAACUCACAGACAUGGGGCAGUAUGAUGGUAAUGGGUAGAGAAAGAUAAUUGCCAGACAUUUAAGCCUCAGAAUGCUUCAAACAGUUCAAGCAAGAACCACUUGAGUGAGUAGUUUCGGUGUUCUUUCUGUACAACAGCUCUCAGUUAACAUGAGAGAGCCAGGGUUGAGAAAUGUUAGGAAUGAAAGUUUCACCAAAACGUGCCCAUAAGAUGAUAUGUGAAAACUCACACAGGAGGACAUUUUUAUAAAUGUAAUACUUGUGGUAAAAUGUCCUACACUACAGGUCUAAACUUGGAAUGCCUCUGCAUAUUUAUAUAGGGGGAAACAUGAAUGUAAAGAAUAUAGAAGUUUUAUACAUGCUCUUCAAUAUGUCUGAGUUAACACACAUUGGAGAGGAGCUCAGUGAAAGCUAUGAAUGUGGAAAAUAGUUUUUAGUAACACAACAGAGAAAAAUCUAUGAAUAUAAUUAAGGUUGAAAACCAUUUUGGCAUCAUUCAUGUCUUAAUAAGCAUGAGCAAGUCCACACUGGCAAAAAAAACUCAAGAAAUGUAAUCAUUAGAAAACUAUGUGGGAGUCCAUAAUUCUGGGAGGAAAAUCUCUGGAUGGAGUUUUUGUGGCAGUGUUCCAGUAGAAGUUUCAUCAUAACAUGGGUCAGAGAACUUACUUGAGAAAGAUUGGAAGCCUCUUAACUAUAUAUCACACCUAAGCGGACAUCAGACAGCACAGUCUAAGAAGUGUGGGAGAGCAUCAAGAACACUCAGAAACCAAGCACUGGCAUACAGCAUGAAAUGUGUACAAAGGAAUAAUCCUGAGUGGCUGUGUGUCCCCUAGAGACCAUUUCUUAUCUCUGGACAUAGCCUGCAAUUCUCAGCCUCCAGUACUUCCAGAGUUAGCAUCGCCCCCCCCACCUCAUCCCCCAAACAUCAAGCAGUUUUUUCCAGUUUAUGUCAAAGUGAAGGGAAGGUGACCUUAAGGACAUUCUUGCAAAUAUUGGUGGGGGGAAAUUUACUGGGAUUUAAGAAUUAGUUGAGGAAAACAAUGAUCUUUCCCCUGUAUCUUUGUACCUUAUACCUGGCAUAUUAGUGUGAAAUAAAUGUACUGUUUAGAAUUCCCAAGUGUGAUCUGUUCUCAUUGUAUUACUAACAGGUCAUUCUUAAUAACUCAUUUUAUGAAUACAGGGAGUCUUUCUGAGAUCUGCAACAUUUUAU